AUGGAGAUGCUCUUUGGGGCUGGGGCCAAAAUAUAUCUUCUGGAUGAGAGCCAAGAUUCACCGCUUCACACCGCAGUUCGAACUGGAGACGAGAACUUUGUCAGAACUUUACUCCGAGUUGGUCGAUGUGAUGCAAACACCAGAGGACAUAGUUCAGGAACCGCUCUUCACAUCGCUGCUGAUAUGGACAAAGUGGCCAUAUGCAGGAUAUUGGUUGUACAACUUUGUCUGGACAGCGGGGCCAUCAUUCGGCAAACAAAGCGUCGGGUCGACGGACCGGGCGAACUUAUUACACAUUACGCUGACGUCACGGUAAAAGAUGUAGAUCUACGACCAUGUGUCAGAGUGGCUGUUGGACAUACAUCCACUAUGGAGCUGUUACUACAGAAACGAGAGGCCUACCCGCUAGUAACUGAGAAGGAAAUCACAGGCUUCACGCCAGUCUAUUACGCCGCCAAGUAUGGUCACUUUCGGAACAUUUUAUUGUUCAUGGAACGAAACAAGGCAGCUACUAGUGUGACAUCAGAUGAAAUGGAUACAGCUCUCCAUGGCGCUGCCAGAUACGGCUGGAAAGAAAUUGUCGAGGUAGUGCUGACAGGUCGCAAAACUCGCUCCACAAACUUGAAAGACAACCAAGGAAAAACAUCUCUACAGUUCGCAUGCGCAGAAGGCCAUGAUAGAGUGGUCGAGCUUUUGAUUAAGCUUGGCGCUUGUGUGGAAAAAGUAAGGGAUCACAAUGACAGAACAGCUCUACAUAUUGCAGCCAUGAGGGGCUCCAAGCGUUGUGUGCAGUGCAUUUUACAAAAUCAUCCUCAGUGCAUUAAUCUCUUCGACAAGAAUCAGAACACUGCGCUGCAUCUGACCGUCAUUCAUGGUCACACAGACAUUGUGUCAUGUUUGCUGUCGUAUUCUGAACAGCAAAUCCUCAUGAACAAGAAGAAUCACAAUGUAUUGGAUUCCACCAUAGAUGCUGAGAGGAAGAAUGUUGCACUUGCGAUAGCGAGUCACAACAGGCCAUAUUGCGCAGAUGCAGAAGCCCGUGAUAAAAAUGCCAGAGGUUGCAACACGCUUUAUGGAUCAGUGUAUGACAAAGGAAGGAAACCCAGGUACUCUGCACGAGGUAACAACAAAUCUUCGUACGCGUACGCCUGA